ACAACCGCGGGCGAGGCGCCCGAGGGAGAUAUUGCACACACAAACGGGCAGGAUGAGGGGAAUGCUUCAGGUCUUCCCGCUGCGGCCAAAGUUGCUGCCGGCGCUGGCGCCCUAUCGACUCUAAAUGUGUCUGGGUCUACCGGAGAGCGAGGAGCUGGCUUUGCUAUGUAGGGGGCGCUUUUGAGUAAUUCGGUCGAGCGCGCCACAGUUCCAGGUAUUCUUAUGCAUCGCAACCGAAAGCAUGCUAUACAUCAGACCAUUAGAAGCGCUAAGGCUCGGUGUGUGACAGAUUUCCAACGGGCAGCCCCUGCUGUUAGGUAGGCAUGACAGUGUUCUUUGACAAGUUGGUGGUGCGCCACGAUGUAGAUUGAGGAUCACGAGGUCGCAUUUUAUCCCAGGAGCAGGCCCAUACGCUUUUAGAAUGCAUACGGCCUUGGCGCCGGAGGUGUCGCGAUCUUGGCCGCGGCAGCUCGGAAGACGAACAAGACGAAGGCCACGCCAAUACCGGGUCGGGAGAAGCCCUACAACUCUGCUCCAUCCAAAAAACCGGUUGCAGAGCUGAAGGCGAAGGAGAAAGUGUGGUACGACAACGGCGAGCGAGAUGCGGAUGAAGAAAAUGAAUUGGGUGGUGGGGUGCCUGAUCAUCGUGAUCCUGUGUCAAAUAGUGGCCUGCAGUCCACUUUUCCCGACGACGCGCACCCACACGACCAAGGCGGGCCACUAGCAGGCACCAGUGGUGGUGGCGCUGGGCAACUGCAGCAACACUGGCCCAAAGCGGGGGCAGCCGCAGGAGGAAAGCAAAGUGGCG